AUGUCCACUCUCUAUAAAGAAAAUAACGAAUAUGAAAUUCCGAUAGGUGCUCAAAAUUUGAAUUGGAAAGAAUAUGGCUUCAUAUAUGACCUGUACCGAGAACAUAUGGUGGUAGCUAAUGCAGCAGAUACAGGAACAGCAGAAAGAGAUGGAACCACAGGUGCAACUGGAGCGACAGGAAAUGCUGCAGCUACUGGAGCGGCGUGA